UAGGCAAUGUAAGUUCGUGUUUGUGACGGUGAGGAUAUUUGCGUAGGUCGAACACUAGCAGUAGCAUGGGGCAGCUGGCAAAGACUGCGUUGCAUGGAAAAGUAUAGGCGCACUGCUGUCGGGGAGGAAGCGGAAGGCGAUACAGCAGCAGAGAAUGAAAUUAGGAUAUCGUCCCAUGGCAAAAUCCGCACCUAUGUUGCUCAGAUAUUGGGCCUUUUAAAGGAAGGGAAGCAUGUCGUUAUUAUUGGGAAGGGGAAGACCAUCAAUAAGGCAGUGACGGUCGCCGAAAUUGCCAAGCGGCGCUUAGAUGGAAAGGUGAAGCAGGAUACCGAUAUUUGUAGUGUGGAAGCCACAGAUGUGUGGGAUCCUAUUGAGGAAGAUUUGGAUAGGUUACUUGUAACAAGGCAUUUGCCUUGCAUAAAGCUCACCUUGCACAUGGUGGAUUCAUAAAGUCCAUGUGGAGUUUUGAAGGUUUCUUUUGUAUCUUUUGUAUAUAGUAAGGGUAUUAAUUAUAAUGUCUGCUUGUUACAAGCUUAAUGCGUCCGUCCUCCAAGGAAUGGAUACACUGAAGCAGCAG